AUGAAUCUUGAGCAGUUUAUAUCGACUGAAGAUGAUUGGGGUCAUUAAUCUUAUUAAGAAAUUGAUGACUUUGAAUUUUCUUGUUCACCAAUCAUGUUUGGUCGUCCAUCUAAUAAAAACAAAAAUAAUGUUGAAUUAGACAAAGAAGAUUAUUUUAUAGAUGCUCAAAAAUUAGAAGAAUAAACAGAUUUACCAGAUGAGAAUCAAUUUAUGAAUUAAUUAUAGAUUCCAUUAAAAAAGAGGUAAAUUAGAAAGAAUCGAAAACUUAAAAAUAAUUCAAUCACUACUUUAUACAAAAGAAUGUUCUCCUAGAUAAUUAAUGACUCAUAAUCCUAAGCUGAAAUUCAAAAGCAAUUAGAACAUUGCUAAAAAAUGAAAUCUGUUAUUGAUGGAUUAGAAAAAACAUUAAUUAAUGUGAAAACCUUGCUUGUUCACAAACUUAAAUAGAGAAAUCAUUGAUUUUGUUUAAAUUCCCUAGUUUCAAUCUGAG